AUGGAAUCAUUAGCGGACUCGUUGACCAGGAGGUGGGCGCAGCCAGCGCCGAUGGCACAGGCAGGGUUCUACUAUGCUCCCAACAACCCGGGCGACGACCGAGCGAUGUGCUUCACGUGUAACGUGUGUCUCGUCUGCUGGGAGGCCACCGACGAACCAUGGUCGGAGCAUGAGCGACAUUCGCCCACCUGUCCGUUCGUGAAGGGAGAGUACACGCAGAACGUUCCACUCUCAGUGACACAUGCGACCAGCCCUGCUCAGGUGCACUCUGAAACCAGCAAG